AGGGAGGGAAGCAGAGCUAGGAGGGAAACCUAAAUAAAUAAAAACAUACAAAAAAUUUCUCCAUAUAUACAUCCAUCCCCCUUACACAACAGUGACACCACUCGCUUCACGAGAGGGAAAAAAUGGCGAAAAGAAAGACCAGAGAAGAAGAAGAAGAAAAAGAGUCGAAGAAUGAAGCGGCUGAAGAGUACGAGCAGCACAGAGCUCAAAGGAUCAAAGAGAACAUGGAUCGAAUGAAGAAACUGGGCCUGCUUGAACUAUCCAAGAAGCUCAAACCUGAAAUUCCCCAUCCAAAAGGGUCUGAUAAGCAUAAACCCCCUUCUCACAAGAAGCCGCCCUCUACCGAUGACCCCCCUCGACGCUCCUCUAGGUUGAAGAGUAUGAAUCCAGUGAAUUAUUCAGAACGUAGAGAAGCUAGUAAAGGGGGGAAAGUGGCAAAGGAUGUUGAGAUUUGCAUAGCAGAGGGUGAAAAACCAGAAUUGUAUACAAAAGAGCAUGAAAGGGUAUUGGGUGAUUCCAAGGAGAGUUGGAGUUUGUAUGAGGAUGGGUAUGAUGAAGAUGGGCAGCGCAUUUAUGAUCCAGAUUUUGGGAAGAGUUGCCAUCAGUGCAGACAGAAAACUCUAGGUCUACACACUGAAUGCAGCAAAUGCAAGUCAUUUCAAGGGCAAUUUUGUGGAGAUUGCCUAUAUAUGAGGUAUGGGGAGAAUGUGAUAGAAGUAAAUGAAAAUCCUAGCUGGAUUUGCCCUGGCUGCCGAGAUAUAUGCAACUGUAGUCGUUGUAGACGGGUAAAAGGAUGGGCUCCCACAGGUGCAAUUUAUAAAAAGGUGUUGAUCCUUGGUUACAAAUCUGUUGCGCAUUAUCUUAUUAUGACCUUCAUGCAAAGAGAGAAGGAAGAAGCGGGUGAUGAAAACCACCACCCAUCUUCAAUCAAGAGUUCAGAGCCAUCUGAUUAUGACUUAGCUGAUGAUGCAAUUGUAGUUUCUGAUGAAUCAUACGACAAAAAUGAGGUGCUUGAAAAAGAAAAGCAACAACUAGAUGAUGAUGAAGAAGAAGAAGAAGAAGAUGAAAGUGAAGAUGCUAAUGCUUCUGCUAACGAUUCUGAGUGAUCAACUAAUCAUGAGGGCAAGCUGCACCUGUUCUUGGAAAAUUUUGGUAAUUGACUUUAGUAACGAAUAUGUGAUCCCAGAUUUUGCUUGCAUUACACGCAUGUACGUGAGACAAUGCUCAAUCCUCACAAUGUUCAUUAAGAUACCAACAUAUGCAUGGAGCUGAUGUACAAUAUUUUUUGGCACGUUGGAGAGAAAAGAAGUUUUUGUGGAGUAUUAAGAUUCAUCCUGCAUUGCAAUGCUUGUUUACAUUUUGAGUUAA